AUGUCUGGAAUAUCUCAUCCGAGUACGAAGCGGUUGCAACAAAUCAGCCGUAAAUAUGCGCUACGUAUUCAUGCCAACUUCAGCCUCAAACAUUCGUAUGACGCAUUUAUCUGUGGCGUGUGUCGCGACAAUUACGAUGAUUUCAAACAACUUUAUUGGUCGAAGCGAGUAUCGGAUUUUAUCGAACGGCGUAAGAAUCAACAACGCACUACUACUGAUGCACAAACAAUCGAUCAAGAUAAUGACGAUACAAAAGAGUCAUCAAGCCAAGAGGACUCAAAUGGAGAUGUCAACGUCGAUAGUAAUGAAGAUUUCGUGCCUGGCGACGAUAAAGAUUCGACGAAAAUGCUUCGUGAAGCUAUCGAUCACCUACUACACCUGUGUGGCAACAAGGAUCGAACGUGGGUGACCCACAAGUAUCGAGAGUUGACAGGACGAACUCAUCUAAACUACCGAGCGCGUGCUCGUUCAAUCCUCGAAAGUGUGAUGGGUGUCCUAGUCCAAAAUGAUGUUGGUCAGUUGGAACAUGAUUUAUUCGCUCAUCACGGUGAUAAGAACGUAGUCAAACUCGAUGGUCACUUCCUUUCGGUCAUGAAAGGUGUGUCGGAGGCCUAUAAGAAUGCCGAAUCGUGGACGACGCUCGCGAAAUUCUAUCGAUCGUUGCACCGCAAAUCGGCUUCAAAUUAA